GAGGCGGCAACAGCGGGAGUCGCUGUUGAGGCGGCCGAGGGUGCGGGUCGGUUCCGCGCCGCUCCGCAGGGCCGGGCAGGGCGGGCAGCUGCUGGCGCCUGGCCGUGAGGGAGGGCUCUUGGGGUGGGCAGAAUGGCCCCCACCUAGGCGUUGGGAGAAGCGGCCGAGCCCAGGAUGCUGGGGAGGCGGCGCGGCGGCUCCUCACUCAUCCCAGAUGUUGAUCAUCUUUCUGAAGUAGAAUCUCCAUGGCCUGAACAGUUUCUGGAAAUCGUUUUGAGCAAAAUAUCUGUUUAAUAAAAAGAUAACCACACCAAGAUGGUUGGAAAACUGAAGCAGAACUUACUAUUGGCAUGUCUGGUGAUUAGUUCUGUGACUGUGUUUUACUUGGGCCAACACGCCAUGGAAUGCCAUCACCGAAUAGAGGAACGUAGUCAGCCCCUCAAAUUGGAGAGCACAAAGACCACUGUACGAACUGGCCUGGACAUCAAAGCCAACAAAACCUUCGCCUAUCACAAAGAUAUGCCUUUAAUCUUUAUUGGAGGUGUGCCUCGGAGUGGAACCACACUCAUGAGGGCCAUGUUAGAUGCACAUCCUGAUAUUCGCUGUGGAGAGGAAACCAGAGUCAUUCCCCGAAUCCUGGCCCUGAAGCAGAUGUGGUCACGGUCGAGUAAAGAGAAAAUACGCUUGGAUGAGGCCGGUGUUACUGAUGAAGUGCUGGAUUCUGCCAUGCAAGCCUUCUUACUAGAAAUCAUUGUUAAGCAUGGGGAGCCAGCUCCUUAUUUAUGUAAUAAAGAUCCUUUUGCCCUGAAAUCCUUAACUUACCUUGCUAGGUUAUUUCCCAAUGCCAAAUUUCUCCUGAUGAUUCGAGAUGGCCGAGCAUCAGUACAUUCAAUGAUUUCUCGAAAAGUUACUAUAGCUGGGUUUGACCUGAACAGUUACAGGGACUGUUUGACCAAGUGGAAUCGUGCCAUAGAAACCAUGUAUAACCAGUGUAUGGAGGUUGGCUAUAAAAAAUGCAUGUUAGUUCACUAUGAACAACUUGUUUUACAUCCUGAACGGUGGAUGAGAACCCUCUUAAAGUUCCUCCAUAUUCCCUGGAACUACUCAGUAUUACACCAUGAAGAGAUGAUUGGGAAAGCUGGGGGAGUAUCUCUGUCAAAAGUGGAGAGAUCAACAGACCAAGUCAUCAAGCCAGUCAACAUGGCGGCGCUAUCAAAAUGGGUUGGGAAAAUCCCUGCAGAUGUUUUACAAGACAUGGCGGUGAUCGCACCCAUGCUUGCCAAACUUGGAUAUGACCCAUAUGCCAACCCACCGAACUACGGAAAACCUGACCCCAAAAUUCUUGAAAACACUAGAAGGGUCUACAAAGGCGAAUUUCAGCUGCCUGACUUUCUCAAAGAAAAACCUCAGACUGAGCAAGUGGAGUAGCAGAGCCAGGAACCUCCUCCACAUAUGAGGGAAGACUGAUGCCUAUUCCACAGAAGGGAACUUUGUAGGACUGGCUGUCACCUGCUGAGAUCUGUGGAGUGUGUGUGUCGUGGCCCUGGCUCCUGUUCCUUUGCCAGACUCCUCCCGCUGAGCGGGUGAAUGUCAGUCCCAGCCGGGCCCUCCGGAGGGAUGUUCCGGAGCACAGCGCCCUCGAUUCUAAUUGCAUGCACCACCCAGUGGAUAAGGAGCCCUGGAGGGACAUGUGCUUUCUGUUAAAACUGCUCUGGUCCCUAUCUUUUCUUACCAGAUUCCAAACUUUGUUUUCGAGAGGAAGGUUUAGGAGUGGGAUUCUGUAAGCAAAAUUGGGCGGUUUCAUCUUGGAAUAUGUCAUGGGUACAUGUUCUGAUGUUUUAUAGAACACCUGUACCUGUUUGAAUGUGAUGGUAUGGAUAAUACAGAAUAUCUUAAUUAUUUAAAUAAUUCAUUGUUUCUGAGAAGUUGAGGAACUACCAUAUACAUUUACAACUUAAUGACUUUUGUAUUUUAUUUUUCAAAAUAAAAGCUUUAAAUGUGAA